AUGAUUAUUAACCUACGCCAAACAACUGAUUCGGUUACUGAGAAAAAUCCAUACCUAUUUGCACAUCCUAAAAGUGAUCGAUGGGUACGGGGUGAUGUAGCUAUUCGUAAAUUUGCUCAGAAAGCUGAUUUGGAACAUCCUAAAGAGAUUACAAGUAACAAACUAAGAAAACAGAUAGCAACCGUCAUGCAAAUUUUAAAUCUUAAUCAGGAAGAAACGGAACAGUUUGCACAUUUCAUGGGACAUACUGAAAAGACGCAUAAUGAGUUUUACAAAAUACCACAAGAUGUUUACCAAACAGCUAAGGUUUCCAAAUUAUUAAUAUUAAUGGACAAGGGCUUAGGGGAUAAAUACAAGGGAAAGUCCUUAAAUGAUAUAGACAUAAAUCCAGAAGUAGAUCUUGCAGAAUCUGAUGAUUCCGAAAAUGAUUCCCCGAUAACAGAACGCAACCUGCAGAGUACUUUUGAACCAAUCAUUUCACAACCAUCUACCUCAGCUUCAGUUUCAAUAGCCCCCAGAAAAACAGGUAGAACGGCUUGGACUACGGCGCAAACAAAGGUUGUAAUAAAUUACUUUGAAAAUCAUAUCAAGCUUAAGCAAGCACCAAAAAAACAAGAGUGCGAGGAACUCCUCAAAAAACACCCACACUUGUUUGGCAACAAAGAUUGGGUACGAAUUAAAACAUAUGUGUACAAUACUUAUCGCAACAAAUAA